AUGUCGACGUUCCCUCAGACCGGCAAACCCUCAGGGUCCGCUAUAUUGAAGAUGUCAACUGAGAAUGGUGUACUCAAAGAGAACUGCGGGGCCUUUGCUCUUGUAGAAUCUGGAAAGUCAGACGUUGACAAAGAAGACUUCGAGGAGAAUGGACUUCUGACACAUUUAAAUGACCUGUCAGUCGAGGAGGAGGAAAGAGCAGAAGAGAGAGAAGACGAGGAGGAGUUUCGAGAGUACUAUUUGAAGUGUGGAGGAAGAGUGGCUCAAACAAGAACAGCAAUCGUACACAAACUGAAUGAACACAAGACUAUUAUCGGUCGCGUUGUUGGGUCUGUCAUAUUAGUUGUCUACCUGGUGUAUCUUGGCUUCUGCAUAGACUACUCGUUUGGGGAUGAAGGCUCUGUCAGGCUUGUCUGGGGCACGUGUUUUGUUUUGUUUCUUGUUGGCUACAGCAACUUCAGCGGGAAAAUCUUCCAGAAGAUCAGAGAAGGUUGCAGAUGCCAGACCCUGAGAAGGCCAAUAAUUCGAAAAGGAAUCAGAUGGUUCCUGUACUUGUCGAUACUCUUGUUCAUUAUCACGUACCUGUGUCUAACCAUUCUACAAACAAGUCCAAAGAACUUCACCUCCCUCGCAGGACUGGUCUUCUUCAUAGUUAUCGGUUACAUAUUCUCCAAACGCCCAGACCUGGUCAACUGGCAUGCAGUGUUCUGGGGCAUUACAACACAGUUUCUGUUUGCGCUGUUCAUCCUCCGGUCGAGAUUUGGAUACAGCGUUUUCAACUGGUUGGGAGAGAGGCUUGAAGAAUACAUGAGACACACAGACAAAGGUUCUCAGUUUGUGUUUGGGGACAGCUUCAGAGAUCACCAGUUUGUGUUUGUGACAAUGCCACUGAUUAUUUUCAUGAGUUCCACAGUCAACAUGCUGUACCACUACGGGGUGCUCCAAGCUAUUGUCAAGAACUUCGGAAAGUUCCUCUUCUUCUGUAUGGGUACGAGCGCUGUUGAAUCUGUCAACGCUGCCUUCAACAUGUUUCUUGGUCCCUCUGAGGCUCCAAUGGCUAUCAAACCAUUCCUGCCACUACUGACUGCAUCUGAGAUGCAUGCCAUCAUGGUCGCAACUUUCUCCAGUAUUUCCGGAAGUGUCUUUGGAAUGCUUGUGAACUUUGGAGCUCCUGCCAACCACCUCCUCACAGCGUCUGUGAUGUCUGCCCCCGCCGCCCUCGCAAUGGCGAAACUGACCAUGCCGGAGACACGACGGACUAGGGUCAAACCUGAAGAUGCUUACAAUAUAACAAUGGCGAAAUUUCAGAGCGUAUUGGAAGCAAUAUCUAUCGGCGCUGUUGAUGGCAUCACACUGGCGUCCACCGUCGUUGUCAACCAGAUCGUCUUCAUCGCCGCUAUUGAAUUUAUAGACACCGCAUUUCAAUGGUUUGGGCACAGGGUGGGAGUGGAAGGCGUCAAUGUUCUCGGUAUGUGUACCUCCUUUUGUGGAGCUGACCUUCUCUGUUCCUACAUGUUCUAUCCGCUGGCGUACAUAAUGGGCUUCCCCAAGGUCGACCUCUUCAAGAUAGGCGAACUGAUGGGCAUCAAAAUCUUUGCCAAUUCUUUUGUUGGAUUUAUGGAGUUUGGCAGGCUGGUCAUCAACAGGAAGGAUCUUGAGCAAUAUCAGCUGGUUCACAACGGUACCUGGCAUUGGCAAGAUGGCAAUGUGAAACGUUCUGAGGUGCUUG